GGGUCAGAGGAAGAAAGAAAAGAAAAGGAGAGGGUCAGAGGAAAGAAAGGAAGAUUGAGUGUUUAUAAUCGUUGCAGGAUUUCCUUGCUAUCAUUUCUAGAUUCCAGUUGGCCACACUCAGUUAUCAAGUCUCUCUCUGCCGUUUUGUAGGUUUUAAAACUGAACACUUAAUACUGUCAUUAUUUCUAACACCUUUUUUGGUUGACUUGAUUAAUUAAAACUAACAGUUUUAAUUAAUUGACUAUCUCCAAUAAUUACUGUGAAGCCACCCCACAACACAUCUCAAUUAAACUAAAUUUCCACAACAUGGGAGCACGUACGUCGAGGUUACUUCAACAUGAAGAAAUUGAAGAAAUUUCAUCAGAAACUGGUUUUUCAGCCAAUCAGAUCGCAAGGUUAUACAGCAGAUUUACCAACCUUGACAAAAACAACAAUGGUGUUCUUUGCCGUGAAGAUUUUCUUCGGAUCCCUGAACUUGCCAUAAACCCUCUUGGAGACAGGAUCGUGCACUCGUUCUUUCAGGAAAGUAAUGAAGAGACGGUGAACUUUCGACAGUUUAUGCGUGUUUUGGCCCGAUUCCGACCAACAAAGACAAAACUGGAGAGAAACAAACUCAACUCCAGAGAAGAAAAGUUAAGAUUUGCAUUCAAAAUGUAUGAUUUGGAUGGUGACAGCAAAAUUUCACGAGAAGAACUUUUGGCAGUGUUGCAUAUGAUGGUAGGAACUAACAUUUCAGAAGAUCAGCUGGAAAGUAUUGCUGACCGAACAAUUGCUGAGGCUGACACUGAUGGAGACAGACACAUCUCUUUUCCAGAAUUUCAAACCGUGAUGGAAUUAGUUGAUGUUGAACAGAAGAUGAGUAUCCGAUUCCUGCACUGACCAAAGCCAUGAAAUCUCUUUCACUGUUGUCAGCGCCAUCUUCUGGUCUACGUUAUAGUUAAUUGUUCAGCUUCUGGUGAUGGGUGUUGUAGAGUAGACAUCACUUCAUCAAUUCACAUGACUGUCUUUUCAGUAAGGCAUCAUUGUCACCAAAUCCUCCCCUCCAUCAGCUUCAGGGUUUGUUGUGUCUUUGUCAGAAAGCAUUGUUGUUGUUGUUAGUGUGUUAGAGUGGCAAACAGUUUCAUCCUGCUAUUCUGAUUUCAAUUCUUGCUCGUUUAUUUGACAUUUUCUGUCUCUGAGAGGCAAUAAGUACCAAUAAUAUACUGAGCUCAGUUUCAUUAACUACAAUUCUCACCUGUAAAUUUCUCGCCUUACACCUGUGGAAGAAAUUACAACAACAACUACUACUACUACUAUGAUGCACAGUAUGGAUAUAAAAAUCCUGCAAGCCAUAUCAUGUGUUCUUAGCUCCUAUUCUUAGAACUCUACUUCUUGCCUGUUUCAAAAAAGCAGAUUUUUGGGCUGUUCACAUGUCUCUCUUUACGUCCAACCAUUCCAAGUAGUAUGACUGUCUGCGUGGGGGAUUGAACCUUACACUAUUUUCUAAUGGCUCUUUACAUUAUUGGUUCACAUCCUGCCAGGGUCAACUUUGGUUCUUUGUUUCAUCAACCCCAAAAGACAGGCAAGAAGCAGUAUUGGUGCCAUUUAAUUAACUUCUUCUCUACAAAAUAGCUCACCUUCUGCCGAAAUUAGCAACAUUUUUUUUCAUUAUGAUUCUUAUUAUUUGGUAGUUGGCAGAAUUGGUAAAGAAGCAGAUCAAAAUGCCAGACAAUAAUUGGUGACAUCCUGAUUUUAAAUCUGACUUGAUUCAAGACUUCAUUCAUCCUUCUCAGGUUGUUAAAAGAAGCCCCAGGAUUGUCCACUCUGAAAUACGCAGUUGUUUUAGCAAUGAAUUUUUAAUUUGCUAAGAAAACUUUCCUAGUCUCAAAGCCACAUGUGUGGUGUAUGUCUGUGAGUUGGUUUUUCUGAUGACGAAAUAAACACAAGUAUCUGAAUUAGGGAUGUUUGCCUCGUGGCAGACUUCCAGGGAGAAAUGAAAAAUAUCACUGGGGACUUCUGGUACUUAUUAGAUUUUGUAUUUCUUGCUUUCAAGAUUAAUUAAACGUGACAGUAUUAGGUUUUGGAACCAUGAGACUAAACAGUCAAACAUUUAAUCUGUUUUUCUUCUGCCACAUUAAUUUAUAAUGGGGAAUUCCUUUCAGAGAUACAAAUUUUGUAAUUAAAUUUACCCCAGUGUAUAUAUUUUACCAACACUGGAUGAGGUGUCAUCUUCUGCAGGAAUAAUGAUUUUUUUUCCAUUGGUACAAGGCUGCAGAUUUGUAAAGCAGAGUGAAUUUGGGUGAAUCCACUUUCACUCCAUGAUUUGAACUCAGAUUGAAACAAAACAGUUUAGUCACCCAUGACUCAGAAAUAAUCUUCCAAUUACUACAAUGGUUAUUCUGAGUUUUGGAGUAAAUGCCUAAUGGUAUUUUGUUUCAUUCCUCAAUAUUCUUUAAAGUCAACUUUACUUUCUAAUUUGUCUAGCUUUUGUAAAAUAUGUACGAGUUCUGUCCUGAAGUUUGAUCUAACAUUUAAAUCCCUUACAAUUUCUGACCUUCGUGAUUGUUAGAAUAAACAGAUGGAGUCUAUUUUGGAUUUUUCAGAAUAUAUUUUAAUUGUAGCAAAUAAUUACUGAAAUAUAUUCCAUUUCAUAUAAAUGUAACUUUAAAAAAUUUUUUUUAUUUAAAACAUUCCAUACUCUAACAUUGAUAAUUUACUGUUUUCUACUAUUGUGACAAAAAAAAAAAGAAAGAAAAUUAUCCUUUCCAAGAGAUGUAGCAUUUCCAUAAAUUCUUGAAACCAAGUGCCUGUUAAAAUGCUUUUCACAUAAAUGCUUUCUGUUUUUAUUCUAAGUUUUAACUUUUAGGAUUACUUUUCUUUUCUUGUAUCUUAACUUUCUUGGCAACUGAAGUUGAAGCAGAUGAAAUUCUUACAAAUUGUGAUUUUUGGCUGGUUGAACAGACUGGUGACUGGAAGAGUAGAAAAGCCAACUUCUUCAGCAAGUUGUUUAUACAGUGAAAUAGGGGAGUUUAUAGGCAGCUUUUGUUGCUGCUGUGGAUCAAGGAUGUCGCGUGCACAUCUCUGUAGCUCCCUUGGAUUGCUGAAGCUUAGAUAUGGACCUCUACAUUUAUUGUGUAUCUCAGAAGGUGUGAUUCAAUGUUUUCUAGGAGGAGCAGCCAACCAUUUAUUUCAGAGUCUAGGAAAAUAUUUCAUAAUUUGUCUGUUUUUAGAUCCUUUACUGCUGUUAAAGUUCUUCUACAUCAUUGAAUGAUUGAGGUGUCUGAUGUGUAUAUAAUUGUGUAAAUGUAUGUAUGUAUAUAUAUAUAUAGACAAAACUGCAUAAGUAAUUCCUCCUGUGAAUGCCCCACCACCACCAAAUAAUGCUUAAAGCUUUUCUUCAUCCAAUUCAGUUCCUGGAAACAUAUUUUUGAAAAUCUGAUUAUUUGAAAUUUAUUCAUUGCGGACCUCUUCAUAAGCAAAUUGAUGAGAAUUGUAAAUAUUGUUUUAUAGUGUUGAUUAUUUUUUUUCCGAAGAAUCCCCCCAACCCUAACAAAAACAUUUUAAAAAAACCCAUAAAAUAUUUGAUUUACCUCAAUAAAAUUCUGACUUAUUAAAACA